CUCUGGUAGUGCAGCAGUUUGUACUCAGUUGGUGCUGUUAAGACUCUGAGCGGGUACAAGAUGGCAUCCGAGCAGCUCAAUUUGAGGUUAAUGGGGCUGGCUGUACUCCUGACACUCUUUGCUCUAAGAGAUGUAUCCAGUGACAGUAGCUUGCACAAGAUCUUCAGGAAGAGAGAUGUGGCAGGAGCUGGUACUGCCCCCUCAGAGUCCUCUGUUGCCAUCCCCUCUUCCAAGGCUCAAGAGUUCCUGGCAAAACUGAGCAGAACCAAGAGGAACCUUUGGGAUCGCAGCAGACCAGAUGUACAGCAGUGGAUUAUGCAGUUUAUGUACAUGGGAUAUGAUGAGCAGAGGCUGGAGGCUGACCUGUCGUACUGGAUGGACCAAGCUCGCGCCAAUGACCAGGGGCGUCAGCACCACUAUGAUGAAAACGCUCCCAUCGGCCCACGUGACCCUAGUUCUUCCAGACACGGAGCUGAUGUCAACUACGACUACUAUUAACUGUGACAGUCUGCCAUGAUGUAUUGUUUGAUGGAUACAACAAACAAAACACCCCACUCUUACUGUACCACCCCCAUAUAUUACUUAUAGAGCAAGGGCGGUGUUCAAUGACAGCCAUGUGAGCUAUUUACAUUUCAUAAAUAACAUUUUAAGGCAGCUGAUUUGUAUGAAAUGCCG